AUGAAAAGUUUCAUUAUAAUAACAAUAUUUUCCUUUCUUGGUCUUUUAUCAGGACUUCCUUUUAUUCAUGAUUUGUCCUCAGCUGAUAUACCAACAAUUCUCAAUUCUAUGAUAACCAGUGAUGCAAACAAAGCUGGAAGUGAUGAUAUUAAAUUAGAUUACCAAGAUAUGGCAUCACACAAAGAUACUGAUCAUGAUAAUUCCAAAAAACCUUUUUUUGAAAAAGUUAAUCCAAGUCUUCUUGCAAAACCAACUUAUGUUUCAUUUAUAAAUCUUCUUUCUACAUAUACUACACCAAGCAUAGAUCAACCUGAUCAAACUACAAGUGGAAGAAGUACAGCUUUUCAAAAUUUCUUAGAUUCUAUUAAGUCUACUCUUCCAAUGCAAACUACUUUUAAUUAUUUAAAGGCAAAUAAAUUCAUUACUGGAGAAUGGUCUGAUUUUGAAAAGACACUUGUUAAUUUAUGGUUAACUCCUUAUGAAAGUGGUAAUAGUGGAUUUAAAGAAGUUUUCAGUGGUGCUAUAAGUAAUGGACAAGUUGUUGGUUUUAGUAAUUGGAUUCAAUUCUAUUUAUUAGAAAAAAGUAAUAAUAUAAAUUAUCAUGGAUGGUUCACUAGAGAUAAGGGAGCUGAAAUUUCUUUACAAUUUUCAUGGGGAUCAAGUAUAGCUGCAGAAAAAAGUAUUUUAAUUGGAACUUCACCUGAAUUUGAAAUUGCUGCUUAUACACUUCUUGCUUUAACAGAAACAUCAGAAUCAUCCUUUACUUAUGAUGCUUUUUCUAUUGAUAUAAGUGUUAAUACAACAAAUGAUAAUGGUGUUAAAAGAAUAUCAUCAGCAUAUCCAGGAAAAGGAUCAGGAUCUGGAUCAAAUACUCCUCCAAAAGGUGAACCAACUAAAAAACCAUCAACUGGUAGUAAUGAUCAAGCACUUCAACAAUUAGUUAACACAAUGAGAGCAACUGAUGAAGAUAAACCACAAAAGGGAGAUAUUAUCAUGAAUUGGGGAAGUAAAGUUUCAGGAACUAAAGAUGAAUCACCAGCACCAUUAUUUACCAAAGUUAAUGAAUCUAUUUUUACAAGACCAGUAUAUGCAAAAUUAAUUGAUGUAUAUAAUGCAAAUCUUUUUAGUCCACAAGUAUGUGAUCAAGAAAUGGAAAUAUCAGGAAAUAAAAAACAACUUCUUGAUGCUGUAACAAAAGAAUUUGUUAAUACAAAAGUUUUUCAAUUAGCUUUCCAAUAUCUUAAAGAUCAAGGUAAAGUAUCUGGAAGUGUUGAUGAUUAUUAUCCAACACUUUUCCAAUUAUGGUUUGGAACAUAUUCACGUUGUCAUGGAACUUUAGGAUCUAGUGGAUGGGAACAUGUAUUUAGUGGAGAAUGGAAAGGAAAGGAAGUUGAUGGACAACAUGAUUGGGUAAGAUAUUACUUAAUAGAAAAGAAUAAUGGUAUUAAUUAUCAUGGUUAUGAUUCACAUGAUUCUAAUUUAAUUGGAACUUUCCAAUAUACUUGGAGUUCAUAUUUAAAAAAAAUUGGUGGUUUCUUUACAGAUACCUCACCAUCAUUUGACUUUUCAAUUCUUACUGUCUGUGCUCUUGCACAUUCUGGUUCUAAUGGUUGUCGUUUUAAUUUAGAUGGUUAUCCAAUUUACAUAACAUCAUAUACACAAGAAUGUACUGGUGGAAAAUGUUUAUCAACUGCAUAUCCCUCUGAUAAAAGUUAA